AUGGCUGGUGUCCAAAUCACUUCAUUAAAAAAUACAGACUUGUUUAAAUCAGUGAAAGUAGGUGAGCAUACUUUGUCUAACAAAGUAGUUUACCCACCUACUACAAGAAUGAGGGCUUUAGACGAUCAUACACCUUCAGAUUUGGAAUUAGAAUACUACGGUGAAAGGUCUAAGUACCCAGGAUCCUUAUUGAUUGCUGAAGCUACGUACGUUGCAGAACAAGCUGGAUUAAAUGAUUCAAUUCCAGCUGAAUGGAAUUCUGAACCAGCCGGUUAUGUGCCGGGUAUUUGGAACGAAGAACAUGUGAAAGGGUGGAAAAAAAUCACCGACAAGGUCCAUGAAAAUGGUUCGUUCAUUUCAAGUCAGUUCUGGUUUUUAGGUAGAGUUGGUGAUCCACAGUUAUUAAAUGAUCGUGGGUUGGAUUAUGUUGCACCAUCGGCAAUUUAUCCCGAUGAGGAUUUUAAGAAGAAAUCUGAAGCUGCAGGUAACCCACUUAGAGCCUUAACAGAGAAGGAAAUUCAUGACCUUAUUUAUAUUACGUACACCAGUGCCGCUAAAAAUGCAAUUGCGGCUGGGUUCGAUUAUAUUGAACUUCAUGCUGCCCAUGGAUAUUUACUUGAUCAAUUCUUACAACCAGCUGGGAAUGAGAGAACCGAUAG